AAACGCCUCUACCUCCCACACUCGAAUAGUAAUCACUCUCACUCUCUCAGUAUCGCAACCGACGAAGGGGGGGCGCUUAUGCCCUUCUAUCUCUCUCUGACGUCAGUUCUCUGCGAUCAAGCUUUAUUGGGUACAGGAAUCGGUGAAUCGAAGUGCUUCAGAGUUAUACAAGUUGGUUCCGUGGCUGUUGCAUCAUCUUCUUUUGCUGUUCGUGGCAAUCAGGAAAUCUGAGUGGUUCCCCACUAUGACUGUUGCCGAGAGUAUUGUAAAAAAGAAGUUGAAGAUUAAAAUUUGUGCCUCCAAAAAAGCUGAAUCUGAGCCAGGGACAGAAUCAUGUGAAGUUGACCAGCGGGAUUUCAUGAAUGAUAAAUGUGGUCGCAUACUUUCUGUGAAUGUAAACAAUAACUCUGAGACGAACAAAUCACAGAAGUUUAUAAUUGGUUCUUCUGAAGAUUCAAAAGUGAAUGUUGUUGAUAGCUUGCAGCUGAAAUUAACCAUGGGAUGCUCUAAUAAGCGUCGACCACCAGGAAUGGUAGACGAUCAAAUGAAUAAGAGGCAGAAAAUUGAUCGGAGGGUAAAGCAGCAGUGUAGUAGCAUUCUGAACACGUUGAUGAAUCAUCCUUAUGCAUGGGUUUUCAACAAACCAGUGGAUCCUGUGGCUCUCAAUAUUCCAGAUUAUUUCUCUAUAAUCUCUCAACCAAUGGAUUUGGGAACGAUUAAAACAAAAUUGGAGGGGACUGUGUACUUUAGUAUUGAUGAAUUUGGCGCUGAUGUUCGACUGACCUUUUCCAAUGCUAUGCUGUAUAACCCUCCUUCAAACAAUGUUCAUCACAUGGCAAAGGAAUUAGAUAAAAUCUUCAGUGGAAGAUGGAAAUUGCUAGAGACAAAAUGGAAUGGUGAGAGAAAAAGCAUUGAACAUUGCAUAUCAAGUGGAAGAGCAAAGAAUACCCUAGAUACAAGGCAGGCUUGCCAUAAAGGUUCUCCGACUCGUGUUAGCUUGAUCCCCAAGAGUUCAAUGUCACUUAAGAAAAAGCAAACACAGAGAAAGGAGUGUUUGGAAGCAUCGAAGGGUUCCUUUCUAGUUAAAGCUGCAAAGUUGGAGCCUGUGAAAUUGACAGAAAAAAUCAGGCGCCCAUUUAUUCAGAAGUUUGCCACUAAAGGGACAGAUAGUGGUCGCAGUGCUUGUAACUUUGCCUGUGCUGAACCACCAUUGAGCUCAGUCGGGUCCAAAUGUGGUUCGUGUGAUGGUGUGAUGUGCCUGUGCGACCCUCAAAAUUAUUCAUCCUUCAGUGAUGUGUCUUCAGAAAGAUCACUGGGACAAGAUCGUGGGGAUCCUUUGAAAAUGGAUUGUGAGAAUAAAAACAUGCCAACAUUACACAAGCGCAAAUCAGACGCAGGUUCUGAUGGUGCUGUAAGUGCUUUGGAUGAAGAAAUUAGUUGUUCUGGUCUUCAUUUUUCAACUUUUGCCACAAGUGCUGCUUCUGGACAAGUUAUUGAUGUUCAGCUGUCCCCAAAGAAGGCGUUACGUGCUGCAAUGUUAAAGAGCCGCUUCGCAGACACUAUCUUGAAAGCAAAACACAGGACAUUAUUGGAUCAUGGCGAUAAAGCUGACUCGCUAAAAUUGCAGCAAGAAAAGGAAAAACUGAAAAGGCAACAGUGCAAAGAGAAGGCUAGAAUUGAAGCCCAAAUUAGAGCUGCUGAAGCAGCCUCACGAUUGAAGGUGGAGGCGGAAUUGAAAAUGCAACGCUACAGAGAAAGAGAAGCUGCCCGAGUUGCAUUGCAGAAGAUGGAAAAGACCGUCGAGAUCUAUGAAAAUUUAGACAUAUUAAAAGAUCUCGAGAUGUUAAGCCAGUGUUCGUUGUCUAGUCAUUGCCUUGACGGUGAAGAAGAUGGGUGGUCUGGAAUCGUAUUGGGAGCAGCCAAGGGGGGUCGCUCUGCGAAUGCUUUGGAACGACUUGGUUUGUAUAUAAAGGAUGAUCAUCUAGUAUAUGAGGACUAUGAGACGAUUUUGAAGGGAGAUGGAGAAGAAGGGGAGAUUUUAUCGUAGCAUUGCUAUACUUUUGGUACCUCUUUCCAUUUCUACCUCUUUUUUGGUACCUCUGUUUAUAGUUGUAAAUAGAUUAUUCUGUAUAGGAGAGAUGGUCGAUUUGAAUAGGAAAUAUUGGAAUCUAUAUUUUUUUUAAGUGUAAUAUAAGUCUGACUGAUAGAUCCAGUUUAGAUGGGUAAUCAAUAUGGAA